AUGAGCUACCUCGAUUCGGGCAUUAAGACUUACCAUUAUGCCAGGGCACAGCAUAUGACGUGGAACUGGAACGAUCCAGCCAACGAGGACGGGAGUAGGUUUUCACUUCCAGACCAAGAGAGCGUGCGCCAGGACGCGCACGCCGGAUUGCAAGUCAACGUUGGUGAACCAAACUCCUAUUGGGACUGCUAUGUGGACGAAGACCAAUGGCAAGUGUUUCAAGACUUGCUCAUGGAUUGCAAUGGUAACUUGACUCGAAACGACGAAGCAGAAGGAAAUAUCUUCAGGCACGUGAUCAAACCACGUGACUUGGAGCUUCCCUUACCAGUGUAA